AUGCAACCAUGCCGCUGGUUUGCGAAUAGGCUGAUUCCAUAUUUGGAACAGAGAAUCGCUGCAAUUCCUAUAGAACGAUUUCGGAAUUUUUGCAUUGUCGCACACGUCGAUCAUGGAAAGAGUACACUCAGCGAUCGACUUCUCGAACUUACCGGUACUAUUGAACCUGGUGGAAAAAAACAGUAUCUGGAUAAACUGGACGUGGAACGGGAGCGAGGAAUCACUGUCAAGGCGCAGACAUGCAGCAUGAUUUACAACUACAAAGGGGAAGAUUAUUUACUACACUUGGUAGACACGCCGGGGCAUGUCGAUUUCCGUGCAGAGGUCUCGCGCAGUUACGCUAGCUGUGGCGGAGCUCUGUUGCUUGUAGAUGCCAGUCAAGGUGUCCAGGCUCAGACAGUCGCGAACUUUUACUUGGCUUUCGCGCAGGGCCUGAGUCUUGUCCCCGUCAUCAACAAGGUAGACUUGCCGUCGGCGGACACAGAGAGGGCUUUAGAUCAGAUGCAUAGCACAUUUGAGCUUGACCCGGAGAAGGCAGUCUUGGUUUCAGCGAAGACCGGUUUGAAUGUGGCAGCACUCCUGCCUAAUGUGGUAGAACAGAUUCCCGCACCUGUUGGCGAUCACAGCAAGCCCCUUCGACUUCUGCUCGUCGAUUCCUGGUACUCAAACUACAAAGGAGUUAUCCUCUUGGUCAGGAUCUUUGAUGGCCAGAUCAAGGCUGGUGAUCAGAUCGCUUCCUUUGCGACUGGCUUUAAAUAUACAGUUGGCGAAGUUGGUAUAAUGUAUCCGGAUCAAACGCCGCAAAAAAUGCUUCGUGCGGGCCAGGUCGGCUAUAUCUAUUUCAACCCCGGCAUGAAGAGAAGCCAAGAAGCCAAAGUUGGAGACACUUACACUACUGUUGGCUCAGAAAAAGAGGUUGAACCGCUGCCUGGUUUUGAAGAGCCCAAGUCCAUGGUGUUCGUCGCUGCUUUCCCCGUGGAUCAGAGCGACUACAAACACUUGGAGGAGAGUAUCCAUCAGAUUGUGCUCAACGACCGUAGUGUGACCAUUCAGAAGGAGUUUUCCGAAGCACUUGGUGCAGGAUGGCGACUUGGAUUUCUUGGAACACUUCACUGCUCAGUGUUUGAAGACCGCCUUCGACAAGAGCAUGGGGCAAGCAUCAUCAUCACGCCGCCAACUGUUCCUUUCAAAGUAAUCUGGUCGGAUGGCACUGAAGAAACCAUUAGCAACCCGGCACUUUUCCCCGACUCAGAGACUGCCCACCAACGGGUGUCAGAGCUCCAAGAGCCUUAUAUUUCCGCAACUAUAACUCUUCCAGAGGAAUAUCUAGGAAAAGUUAUCGAGCUCUGUGAAGCCAACCGUGGCGAACAAAAAGAGCUCACUUUCUUUACUGCCACGCAGGUCAUUCUCAAGUAUGAUAUCCCACUGGCUAAUCUUGUGGACGACUUCUUUGGCAAGUUGAAAGGAGCAACAAAGGGUUACGCCAGCUUGGAUUACGAAGAUGCCGAUUGGCGAAGGAGCAGCGUCACCAAGCUUCAACUCCUCGUCAACAAAAUCCCCGUUGAUGCUGUUUCUCGGGUUGUUCAUACCAGCCAGGCGCAGCGGAUUGGAAAACAAUGGGUUACAAAGUUUAAGGAGCACGUUUCUCGACAGAUGUUUGAGGUUGUCAUUCAAGCCGCUGCAGGGAAGCGGAUCAUGGCCAGGGAAACAAUCAAGCCUUUCCGCAAAGAUGUACUGGCGAAGCUGCAUGCAAGUGAUGUCUCUAGAAGAAGAAAGUUAUUAGAGAAGCAGAAAGAGGGAAGAAAAAAGCUAAGGGCCGUGGGCAACGUUACGAUUGAUCACAAGGCAUUCCAGGCAUUCUUGUCCAAACUGCAGCGUCAAUCUCGCCCCAACGCUGUCGCCGUCAUGCAGUCUGUCCUUGGGGCAAGCUCCGUGAAGGAGCAGGUGGUGGACCAUAUCCCGAAACGCUUCAAAGAGCUUAAAUUUGGUAUUCUGUCGAAUCAGGAUGUCGUCAACCAAGCCCUCGUUGAAGUUUCCGAUCGCGCAUUGUAUAAUCCCGAUCAGAAUCGAGCCGUAAUUCAGCAUGGGCCUCUCGAUGGGAGGAUGGGCACAUCGAGCAAAGGCGGAGUCUGUGAAUCCUGCGGCGAGUCACUGCAAGAAUGUAAUGGUCAUUUUGGCUAUGUGAGGUUGGCAUUGCCUGCUUUUCACAUUGGCUAUUUCAAGAUGAUCAUUACGAUUCUGCAAGAUAUUUGCAAGGAUUGCGGUCGAGUAUUGCUUACGGAAAAUGAACGAAGAUCAUUCCUGCGCGACCUCCGCCGGCCUGGAAUCGACAACCUGCGACGAUCUCAAAUUUGCAAGAGGAUCAACGCUCAGUGCAGAAAGGUUCGAGAAUGCAUGUAUUGUGGUUCCAUUCAGGGUGUGGUGAAGAAGGCCGGGCAACAUCCGUUAAAGAUUAUCCACGACAAAUACCGCGCCUUCAAUACAUCGACCGCAGCGAAGAAGAGGCCGCCGGAGAGCAAGCUCCAGUUUGACCAGUCCUUUGAGGAAGCGAAGAAAGGAAACAGUGAAUUAGACAAGCAUUUGAAGAAGGCGCUGGACGACAUGAACCCCUUGAGAGUGCUCAAUCUGUUCCGCCGGAUCUCCGCCACGGACUGCGAAUUGCUUGGAAUGAACCCUUCCGAAGGACGACCGGAAAUGUUUAUCUGGCAAUAUGUGCCUGCACCGCCGAUUUGCAUUCGGCCAUCUGUCCACCAGGAUGGGACAAGUACCGAGGAUGAUAUCACUUCGAAGCUCUCUGACAUUGUUCACAUCAACUCUCUUAUUCGAAUGGGUCUACAGAAGGGCCAGCCAGUUUCAACCAUCAUGGAGCAGUGGGAUUUCUUGCAAUUGCAAAUCGCCAUGUAUAUCAACAGUGACGUGCCGGGUUUGGCGCAACUGGGCUUAGGAAAGUCGAUGCGUGGAUUUUGUCAACGCCUCAAGGGUAAACAGGGUCGAUUCCGAGGAAACUUGUCUGGAAAGCGUGUCGACUUUUCUGGAAGAACUGUCAUCUCGCCGGACCCGAACUUGUCAAUCGAGCAGCUGGCAGUACCGAAGUUGGUUGCUAUGAACUUGACGUACCCGGAAAAGGUUACUCGUUACAAUAUUGAGAAGCUGAAACAACGAGUACGAAACGGCGCAAACAAAUGGCCAGGUGCAAACUACAUCAAUAAGAAGGACUCAGAUUUCAAGCUAUUCUUGAAAUACGGUAAGACCAGCUUGAUGGCGGAUCAGCUUCAGAUUGGUGAUACUGUGGAACGGCACUUGGAGGAUGGUGAUAUCGCACUCUUCAACCGUCAGCCGUCGCUUCACAAGCUCAGUAUUCUAAGUCACUACGUCAAAGUGCGGCCUUGGAGGACGCUUCGAUUCAACGAGUGCGUGUGCAAUCCUUACAACGCUGACUUUGACGGCGAUGAAAUGAAUUUGCACAUUCCUCAGACCGAGGAGGCACGAACAGAGGCAAUCAAUUUGAUGGGUGUCAAGAACAACUUGGCGACUCCGAAAAACGGUGAACCGAUUAUUGCCGCCAUUCAGGAUUUCAUUACAGCUUCUUUCCUUAUCAGCAACAAGGACAACUUUUAUGACAGAAAGACUUUUGCCCAUAUUUGCAUGUAUAUGGUGGACGGCAAUGAACACAUUGACAUUCCACCUCCGUCGAUUGUCAAGCCCCAGGCGUUAUGGACGGGCAAGCAGAUUUUCAAUGUUCUGAUGCGGCCAAACCGUCGCUCACCUGUUUUGGUCAACUUGGAUGCAGCAUGUCGGCAGUUUAAGGCGGUAAAGGAUCAGCCUCGCGACCUCGAUAAGAAUGACAGUUGGCUCUGCAUUCGAAACUCUGAAAUCAUGUGUGGUGUCAUGGAUAAGUCGAUUGUUGGUGACGGUAAGAAGGACUCUGUAUUCUAUGUCAUUCUCCGUGACUUUGGCCCAGACGAGGCUGUCAAGGCGAUGAAUCGGUUGUCGAAGCUGGCGGCUCGGUGGCUGGCAAACCAAGGUUUCUCCAUUGGUAUCAGCGAUGUAUACCCUGGCGCUCGACUUGUUGAGCGCAAACAAGCGCUCGUGGAGAGGGCCUACGCUGAAUGUGACGACGUCAUUGCCAAGUACAAGGCAGGAAAGCUUGAAAAGUCCCCCGGUUGCGACGAAGAAGAGACCAUGGAGAAUUUGAUUUCUGGAAUUCUCAGCAAAGUCCGAGGGCAGGCUGGUGACUAUUGUAUUGCGGAGCUGAGCAAGUGGAACUCGCCUUUGAUCAUGGCCACGUGCGGUUCCAAGGGUUCCGGCAUCAACGUGUCUCAGAUGGUUGCUGUCGUUGGGCAACAGAUUAUUUCUAGCAAGCGUGUUGCAGAUGGUUUCCAGGACCGAACGCUUCCGCACUUUCCGAAGAACGCACGCACGCCACCAUCAAAGGGUUUCGUACGGAACAGUUUCUUUUCAGGACUGACACCUCCUGAAUUUUUCUUCCACGCCAUCUCUGGUCGUGAAGGUCUAGUCGAUACUGCUGUCAAGACUGCCGAAACCGGUUACAUGUCUCGGCGUCUGAUGAAGUCGUUGGAGGAUUUGUCUACGUUGUAUGACGAUACUGUGCGAAACUCCUCUUCUGGUAUUGUGCAGUUCCAGUACGGAGACGACAAAUUGGAUCCGGUGGACAUGGAGGCCAAGGCUAAGCCUGUCCACUUUGACCGUACAUUUACACACGCAGAGACGACUACUUGGGAUAACAACGAGCGUGGCCUGCUACCAUUUGAGAUCAACGCUCUCUGUGAGGAGUUGCUCUCAGUGGAGAGGGUCAUGCUUGCCCGAAAAGCUAUUGAUGGUACUUCACUGGAUUACAAUGAUCGCAGCGAUCGGGGUAUCGACCAAUUCGAGAGUGCUCGUGACUUCCUUCAGUCUAUCAAGGAGUAUGUUGCGGCCCGGGCAGAGCGGCUUGCUGUUGCCCGAGACAACAUGGGAUUGUUCUCCGGUCGCUUUGAUAGCGAGGAUCAAGACUGGGAAGAGCUAGAUUCAUUUUAUGAUCCUGCUUUGAGACGCCGCCUAGAUCUCACCGCCAAAUUAACAUCUACCACACUCAAGGCUUUCGUGGACAAGUGUUUGGAAAAGUACAAGAGAGCACAAGUUGAGCCCGGUCACGCUGUCGGUGCUGUUGGUGCGCAGUCCAUUGGAGAACCGGGUACCCAGAUGACCUUGAAGACUUUCCACUUUGCUGGUGUUGCCGGAAUGAGUAUUACUCAGGGUGUUCCUCGUAUCAAAGAAAUUAUCAACGCCUCCAAAACCAUCAGUACUCCUGUUAUUAGCUGCGAACUGGUCAAUAAGGAAGACAUCCGCUCGGCUCGUGUCGUCAAGGGACGAGUGGAAAAGACCUAUCUCCGAGAUAUCAUCUUUUAUAUUGAAGACAUGUGGUCGGCGGAUAGCACAUAUGUCGCGGCCAAGGUAGACUUUGAAACCAUUGACAGGCUCCAACUGGACAUCAAUAUGGAAGACCUUUCUCGUGCUAUUGUCGCACAGAAGAAACUCAAGAUUGAAACCGGGGACAUUGUCAUUUCCGGACGUACCAUCAAAGUCAAGGUCCGGGGUCUCGACGCGAUGGACACACGCUCGCGCAAGACCAAAGAAGAGACGGACGUCUUUACCCGCGUGCAACAUCUCAAGCGCGUCUUGCCAUCUGUCCCUAUUAAGGGAUACCCCGAAGCGGCGCGAGCCAUUAUCAAGACGGACGAGAAGACUUUGAAGAAUUCGCUGCUCGUCGAAGGUUAUGGUCUCCGGCAAUGCAUGAACACGGACGGCAUCAUCGGCACGGCAACCAAGACCAACAGCGUCAUUGAAAUGCGCGACGUCCUCGGUAUCGAAGCCGCCCGAAAGACUAUCAUUGAUGAAAUCUCGUCUGUCAUGGGCGACAUGGAUAUUGAUCCGCGUCACAUGCAGCUCCUGGCAGACGUCAUGACGUACAAGGGAGACAUUUUGGGCAUUACCCGUUUCGGUCUUUCCAAGAUGAGAGAUAGCGUGCUCCAACUUGCGUCCUUUGAAAAGACUCCUGAUCAUCUCUUCGACGCCGCGUUCCACAUGAAAUCUGAUAAGAUUGAAGGUGUCUCGGAGUGUAUCAUCAUGGGACAAAGCAUGGGCGUCGGAACCGGAGCGUUCAAGGUCGUCAGACGUCUCAAUCUCUCCGAAGAGGAUGUCUGUCGGAAGAAGACCAUUUUCGAGGAUAGCUGGAACGAGGUCCAGACAAACAAGUCAUCUUGAUUUCCUCGCUUCGCUCUUCCCUCAUCCUCCUCUCACGGUUUUACGCUCAUGAUGCUUCAUGCAUGUUCCGAGACCUUUUCUCCGAAGUGUUUUCACGUUUAUACUCCCCCAUAUAUUUAUUUUCUUUUGAACCCAUUUAUUUUUCUAUUUAUCCAAAGGAAAAAGAGGAGCAGGUCUGGCGUUUUUCUUUGCUCUUCCCUUUGCUUCUCAUACUCGCAUUAACAUAUUGGAGUUGUCGUUUGUUGCGGUUUAUACCAGCUUCCGUUUUCCACCAUAUUUUUUUAAACUCCUCCGUUCCCCCUAGAUUGAGGUCACUCUUAUGCGGCGCCAGCGGAGGAUCAUCUGUCUCAAUUAUCUCAGAUUCAUUUGAAAAAGUAUUUCAAGAAACCUGCAUAUCCUUUUCCCCUCUGUAUUUCUUUUUAGAUUUACUUGUGAUACUGCACCGCCGUUACUUAGCGUCAUAGUCAAGAAUUAAACCAUUAUCUC